CCGUGGCCGCGCUGUGCCGGGCCGGGCAGCGCCCCGUGUGGCGCCCGGGGUCGCUGGAGUGGCGGUCUCCGCUUAGAGCCGCUCGGGUUGUGUUUCUCUGCGCGUCAAGCGACACACCCACAAUAAACUGCCUACUAGAAGUAAUAAACCCAACGCGCGGUGGACUUUAAAAGAAGCUGUAAGUGAGUUUGGUGCUCUGGGAGAAGGCUGCUUGUGUGAGGACAUGCUGUGUGCUUGCGUUGUGCGUAAUUUUUUUCCCCCACCUUUUUGACAGUCUCUGGGGAGCCCCUAGGCUUUCCUGGAGUGCCCUCGGGUUUUGGUGACUCCGCUUGUUGGAGCGGGCGGUGUUGAGUGUUUGCUGUUCGGUGAGACUGAAAUCUCACCUAUUUCUUUAGCGUACUUCAAAGAGCUAACGUUGUUUGUCAGCGAAACAGACACAGGUGCAUUUUCCAGUUAUUGGUGUUGUCUACAAAAAACUGACUUGAGAAACUUUUUAAUUGUGAGUUCCCAGAUCUUCACUGUUUCCUUAACAGUAUCUGUCUCCUCUUCCGUGAUAGAUAAUGCUAAAUCUCAAGUCUGGUACAUAUGGGCAAAGCUAAUUGUAACUACUGGGGAGUAUCACUAUGCCCUAAUUUUCUCCCUGUUAUGUUUUGCUGUAAUUCACGGCCUUGUGAAUUUGUGCCACUCUGAAUGGUUGUAGAGAAAUGCCCUUAGAGGGAGCUUUUUCAGACAGCGUGUUUGGAUUGCUGUAAGCUAUGCAGUUAUCUGAAGUCUCCUUAUAAAACCUCUGUAACAUUUUGCAGAAAACCCAAAAGAGAUUGAUGAUGAAACAUUCAACUGUGUAUUUUCUGUUAACACCCUGCAUACAGUGCUCAUUAUGGUUAUCAUGUUUGCCUGUGCUAGCAACUUCUGGAGCUGCUUGCUCUCUUUGUAGAGGUGAACCAAGGACACCAGUGGCCCCCGAUUUCCCUUUGUUUGAGAAAAGUGCUUCCCAAGUGGAAGCAGGGUGAGGGAAGUAGACCUGUGGUGUUAGAAUACACUAACCCAUGUGUUGGAGAUGGCCCUGGAGCGCUGGGCUCGGGAAGCAGCCCCUGAGGUGGUGGGGGUGGAGUUGUGUUCAGGCUAAAGCUGAGGCGUAGGGAACUGCCUGUGUGCUUUGGGGAUGCAGCUCUUGUUCCCACUGUACACUAACAUUAAACUUCCACAUUUCUCCUUCAGCUGGCUGUUAAAUGUGUGAUACAGUGGUGUUACAGUGGGAAUUCUUGUGGUGCUCACUUAAUGUUCAUGACAAGAUGUCUGUAUGUAUACUUAAAUGUACAGGAUUUACCUCUCCUGUUUGGGGAAUUGGUCAGCAAUAUUUAUACAGCUGUAAGAUCUAUUCACUGUGUAUGUACUUGUACACCUCUGUAGAAGUGUAUUUCUUUUAGACAAAAAAUAAUAAUUUUUGUUUGUGGUUGCACACAAGCACUUGGGUUAAUGAAACCUGGAUGGUUAAACCAUGAAGUUGAUUUUCCAGGUGAUGUGUGUACCAGUGGUUUGCCUGGGUUACGUCAGUGAUUAGACAAUAUCAUGGGGCAAAAUUGUACCACGGGGAUUAUUUUAAACACAAAUAUAAAAUUUCGGGUAUUUCUGGGCUGCUUAUGAAAGGAAGCUGGGUAAAUAUCAUUGUGUAUUUACCCUACUGCUGGAUAUUUUUUCCCUGAGCUUUGUUAUUAACUAUGGUUAGAUAGUGGAUGUUGGGCUGCCUGGGUCAUUGGUCUGUCCCCAUAGAGCUGUCCUUGUGUUCUGUUGUUGGGUUGCAGCAUGCUCAGAAAUGUGUCAUCAGUAUCUGGAACAAACUCAGUUUAUCUCAAGGAACUGAAUGUGCUGCUUUCACAAAACUGCCGUCUCUUUACAUCUUUGAACUGAGGAAAUGGUUGAGUGAUGAUGAAAUCAAGUUUUCUGGGUUUGGGUUUGUUUUUUUUUUUUCAUUUGCUGCUAAGAUGCUUCAGACAUUGUAACUGAAACAUCUUAUAAUUGUUCUCAGAUCCAAAGCACAAAAAUAUUUGGUAAACAUGAAGUAACUUCAUUUGGAACUUGGUCUGGAGUGUCAUCACUUGAAAAUUGAAUGGAAAAAUAAAUCUGCUUUAGAUUAAAGUAUUAAUAUAUUGAGCAUAUGAGCAGCUUAACUUCUCAAUGUUGUUUGUAUCAGCAGGAUGCUUUAUUCAGCUUCAAAAGCCAAGGAGAUGUGGAUUUACUUUGCCUGUGUCCUUUAUACCUUUGCAAAGCAGAAUAAACCUGUGCUUUUAAGAGUUGUACAGUUCUUUUGAAGUUACUCUCUGGCCUGUUGCAGUCUCCUUACAAAAGCUGUAAACAGUUGAAAUACCACAGCCAAGAAGGUCCAUCUUGAGGAAUUUACUUGCGUGGUGUGGUGAAGAAGAUACAGCUGGUAGGAGUCAUGUGCUAAUAUAAUGCAGCCUGCCUUUAAAAUAAGUACUGAAGGGGAAAAUCGUGACUCCCCUUCUCCCUCCUUAACCUAAACUACAGGAGUUCAGUUUUCUUCUGUUCAGUUGGGUAUGUUAUGCGUGUAGUCUUAUGUAUGUAUACUCUUGCUAGGUAGGGGCCAAGUUAAUUUUCAUUUUGUGCUGUUGCUUGUGAGUGGCCAUGCUUUAAAGGGUGUGCUGUGUGCAUGAGAGCAUUGUGCUGUGGAUGUGGCAAUUCACUGUCCAAUAUUACCUGUCUGUUUGAAGGUUUGUAAUGGGCAACUGAGUAACUUGAAGUUUUCUUUGGCUAGGAGAUAGAUCUCUGAAGUGCUGGGGGCUCUGUCUUUUUGUCUUUCACCAUUGUAAUGCCAAAUUUUGUUUUGCAUAUCUGAUAGGUUUUUUUCUACCCAAAGCAUACCACUGUAGACUAAAAAUAGUAAUGUUAUUUCAUGUAUAUGCUGCCUUGUAAGCCUUUAAAACAAAUUGAUCUUCUUCGAGAUGUCUGCAUGACAGUUGCAUAAUGCAAAUUCUGUCUGGUGAUUAUGGAAGAUGACUAAAGCACUGCUGGCAUGCGCCUAAAUAUCAAGUGUUCUCUAGAUAUGUGUGGUUGUUAGUUCAGUGCUUUUGGACAUAUUCAGAUGAAGAUGGUGGGAGGGUGUAUGUGUGUUUUGAAUCUGUGUAUGCAGUGACAAAUCAAGCAAAUUGUCCCCUAUAAAAGGCUAAGCUGUACUGCAGCAACACACUGAAAUUUUUCUGCAGUGAGUAAUAAACUGAUAAGGACGCAGGGGUUUCUUGAGAACUUUGCUGUUAUCUUGCAACAGCAUUAGAACUUGUAGCAGUAAAUUUGUAAGAACAGACCUAAAGACACCACCUGCUGCAAUCUCCUGGCAAGAGGCUAAAAUCAACUUUUAUAACCUUUUCAGGUCACCUUGUAAUGGAAGAAAGUGGAGCUGACCAUGAUACUGCUAUGGAAGGAUCUAAUGAUUUGUUCAUAGAAUGCUGUAAUGGUACAGGAGAGUCAGAAACAAAUGAUCAGGUUUUUCAGAAGUUGCUACUCAAAGCACAUUUUACUGUUUUUCCUCUGUGAAAGCAACUAACGUGCAUGGAUUCCAGGGAUCCAUUGUUUGGCCAGAGCGACUCUCCCCCAGCCCUGCCCAUCACAGUGCCCCUCUCGGGCAAUCCUCCAGCACCGGCUGUGCCGGCGCGGCAGCCCCAGGUGCGGUCACACUCUGCAGAGGAAUUGCACCUGGCAGAGCAGCCCAGGCAGCCCCUGUGCGAGCUGCAGCCCCUGGGAGGGCCCAGUGCACCCAUGAUGAUUGUUGCCAGCCAGUCAGAAAAUGGACAGGUGCUGCAUGUCAUUCCUUCUGCCCAGCCAGGAGUGACCCAAGUGAUUAUCCCUCCAGGUCAGCUUCUGGAUGUGACCAGCACGCAGGAUAUUUCAGAAGAGAAGUGUGGUGAUGGGAACCUGCAGACUGUGGUGGUGGCUUCUAUAGCAGACAGUGCAAGCAGUUACAUUCUACAUCCACAGGCAUCUCUCACCAUAUCGAAAAAAACAAGCACCAGGGUAGUGGAAGAUUCUUUUCCCAUCCCUCUUCAGCCAUUGCCACUAAAUACACCUUCAUGGGCGCGCCGGCUCAGGAACUGUGAGAGAAUUGGGGACUCGUACCGCGGCUAUUGCGUGAGCGAGACAGAGUUAGAGAGCGUUCUGACGCUCCACAAGCAGCAAACACAGAGUGUGUGGGGCACGCGCCAGUCUCCAAGCCCAGCCAAACCCGCCACACGGUUGAUGUGGAAAUCUCAGUAUGUCCCAUAUGAUGGGAUCCCCUUUGUCAAUGCAGGAAGCAGAGCCAUUGUAAUGGAGUGCCAGUAUGGGCCAAGGAGGAAAGGAUUUCAGCCCAAAAAAGCUGGUGAGCAGGAACGUACCUCUGGCCAGCUGUACAAAGCCACCUGUCCAGCAAGGAUCUAUAUUAAAAAGGUUCAAAAGUUUCCAGAAUACAGGGUUCCUACUGACCCUAAAAUUGACAAGAAAAUCAUAAGAAUGGAGCAGGAGAAAGCAUUCAACAUGCUGAAGAAGAACUUGAUAGAUGCUGGUGGUGUCCUCAGGUGGUAUGUGCAGUUGCCUACUCAGCAAGCCCACCAGUAUCAUGAAAUGGAAACUUCCUGUCUCCCUCCUUCACCAUCCCAUCUUUCUAUGUCUCCUCCUGAGGAGGAGGAGGAAGUCAUUAGAGAUGAGAACAGUACGCUGCCUUCUCGACUUCAUCCUCAAGUGGCAGACAAGAUCCGAGAGCUGGUGUCUCAGGGAAUAGAACAGGUCUAUGCAGUGAGGAAGCAACUGAGAAAGUAUGUGGAAAGAGAAUUGUUCUCGCCUGAUGAAGUGCCAGAAAGACAUAACCUGUCCUUCUUCCCCACUGUGAAUGACAUCAAGAACCACAUUCAUGAAGUGCAGAAGUCCCUAAGGAAUGGAGAGAUAGCGUAUAGUUCAGAAAGUAUCCCAGCAACGCUGCAGUGGACCACAGACAGUGGGAAUGUCCUCACAGAAACAGUGACUGUUGCGUUUGCCUCACCACCUUCAGAUGGGAGCUCAGGAGUGGAGUCAGUCAUCACCAAAGCAGAAUCCAACCAGAGUGGGGAGUCCUUGGUACCAGAAACAACUCAAUUGUUGUCUUCACUCUCUUCACUUCAGCCCAAGAUAUUUGCACAACUUCAGGGAUUACAGCUGCAGUCAACAUUUACCUCAGCAAAUGGAUCAACAGCUCUGCUAGCUGUCAAUAACCAUUCCCCUCCCAGCCCUGCAAGUCUCCUGGAUUCCCUGGGGAGUGCAAUAAGCAGCCAUUCUCUAGCACUGAGUCAGGGGCAUGGUCUGCAAGCAGGUGCUGGCCUAACACAGGACAGUUCUGCUGUGCCUACUUUUGGGGCUCUGUCUGGUUCUGAUCAGAGUCUGGUUGCCAUGGGCCAGCUGGUACCAGCUGAAGGGGUGGAUGACUCCAGAAGCCUGGAAGGAGGGGUGCAUCAGAUUCUCUUGGGAGAUGUACAGACUAUUCCAGUACGGAUUGUGGACAGCCAGCCAGCACUUACUGAAGAAAAUACAGAGGGUAUUGUUACCUGUGUGAGCAAAGUUAAACAAGAACCGAGAGAAAAAGCCUUGUCUAUGGAGACAGAUAAAAUCAGAGACUGCCACAGUUCCUCACCAUAGUUCUUCACCUUGACCUGUGAAACCUGGAAGGAUUUUUCAAAUUGGAGAGCUCUAAAUGUCUUGGAAGGAAAGGCAGGUGCUCUCAAAGUACUGCCAUUCUUUUGAAAUUGUAUUAUGACAUUCAGACUAAGCAUAUUUUAGAGUACUUCUGACAGAAAGCUGUUUUGGUUUGAUGUGGCUCACUGCCAACUCCAGGUCAUGCAGUUGCCCUGUGGAACACCAUCUCUCUCUUCUGUUUCAAGUUUUGAGUAAUUUGGAUUCUAUCCAAAUGGCACAUUUUGUUCAUUGUUUCUGAAGGUCUUCCACAAUUUAAUUCCUUAGCUUUAAAACGUGGAUCACAAUGCUGGGUUCAUAUUUUCUCCUUGAGACCCCUGACUCUUACUGCACUACAGAGACCAUAGAAUCUGUCAGCUCCAAGAUCACAGAGUCCAACAGCAAAGUGGAUCAGUAUGGCAAUGUUUUUGUGACAAAAGGAAGGUCCAGGAUGCUAAACUUCAAAGUGAUAAAGGACAUGGAUGCUUAAGAAAAUGCAACUUUGACCUGAUCGUAAUGUUAAUGAUGUGAAGAUCAAGGAGAGGAGACAGGUCAGAAGCUAUCCAGCUGGUCUAUCCAACAGCAGCAGCUAAGAACAUGAAGCAUUCCAAACUACCCCUCAAAACCACCAUGCUCAGAGCCUGAAAGGAUCACUUACCUCUGAGAGUACUCCAGGUAGCUGUCAAGAGACCAGAGCAGAGCAGAAGAGGAAGAGAAGUUUGCAAAAAACUGCUUGCAGGAGAUAGAAAGCUCUCGAAGUUACAGCUGAAGAUUGCAAUUUCUUAUGGCUGAAGUGGCUCACU